GUUAGAGUUAUGAUUCGUUUUUGCCUUGCUGGAUUCUCGCGCUCUUUCUGAAGUUGUUGACUGCGGUGUCGGGCCUGUGUGCGUGCGUGCGUGUGUGUGUGUUUAACUGAAAGGGUCCCAUUUGGGAAUGCCCAAACACGUCCAAACAAACGCGCCUUUCUCGUCGACGGAAACUGCGGGAAGCGGUGAAAACGAGAAGAUAAGCGAAAAGCAGGAGUUUUCAGAGCAUUUAAUUGGGGAGGAAUUGACUUUAAGUUGCUAGAAAAGAGGACUGAAUUGUAAAAGAAAGCGCUUUGGAGCGUCAAACCGCCUGACUGUGCGACGUGUCUGACUCCAGAUGUUGUUCAAAAAUCCUCCUGACUCCCGGGGCGUGUUUGGAUUCGCAUAGUUGUCACAAUGUUGGUGCUGGCAGGGAUCGUCAUUUUGCACGUCACCACCGUCAUCCUACUCCUGGUGGCCACCAUUGAUAACGCCUGGUGGGUUACUGACACUGCAUACACAGACCUGUGGGGCAGGUGGGACUUAAUAAACUUAGACUGGCAUUAUAGCGAUCUGAAGAAAUACACAGAAGUCCAAUCAGACUUCCUCCAGUCGGUGCAGGCCACCUCGGUGCUGGCCUGCUUUUUCACCAUCCUGGCCCUGUUUGUGUUCGUGGCUCAGCUGUUUACCCUGCCCAAGGGGCAGAGGUUCAUCUUCACUGGCAUUUUACAGUUAAUCGCUUGCCUGUGCAUAAUGACCGCAGCCUCGAUCUACACAGCGCAGCUUCACACCACUGACAAAAAAGGAGGGUACGGCCACAGCUACAUCCUGGCGUGGAUCUCUUUCGUCCUCACACUCUUCCUCACCAUCACCUACAUCGUCCCGAGGAAGAGGAAUGAGUGAAUAGGAGGAUGGGGUCCGUGCUCCUUUGUCCUUUUAGUCAUUUCAAGACUUGUCAGCUUCAUCCUCAGUUAGGAAUAUGUUGGAAUGCUAACGAGCCAAUACUCUUGUUUUGAUUUUAACAAGUUAGAGUAGGAGAGUGGGACUGUAAGUGGAUAAGAUAAGGAGCUUUCAUCUGUGUAACCUUAACUAAUUAAUCAUUUAUCUCUGCGAUGUAGCUACUUGUAGGUCUGGAAACUCAGGCCAGACAUUAUCAGCAUUUUAAAGUCUGUGUGAAAUGUUACUUGCUGUUCUUCUGACUGUGCCGAUUAGAUUUCCGCUGCACACGUCUGAUUUGUUCAUCUAAGUUUAAUUUGUGAGUGGUACAGAUCCAGUCAGAACUGUUCAUACACUCGCUGGCAUGCAUUCAAUAUUCCUCAAUUUUCAGUUUGCUGAGCUAAUUUAUAUGUUAAACAAAAAUGGAAAGAAUUUUGAAUUUGUUGUGAAUUUUUGCUAAUCCGUCCCACGCCUGAAAGCUCAAAUGUACAAUUUCAGAACGGAUAAAGCAGGAUGAGAAAAUAAGGUCCUGGAAAUCCAUAACCCAAUUGAAAAUGUGUGUUCUGUGCUUAAAAGAUGGGCCUCUGCUUGAAAACCAACUAAUCUGAAUGAACUCUACCCUUUUGAUAGGAAGUAUCCAGCCAGAAUUAUACCAAAAGCUUUCUUAGAGAGAUAUAUUAUAUCAAAGGGUGCAUAUUUAUUUUUGAGUGUUUAUGGAACAAAAAUUUUAGUCAAACUUGUGCAUCAGAUUCUUGUUUUUUUAAAAUUCCUGAAUCUACUUGUGGCAUCAUCCUGUCCUGGGAAAAAAAAAAAAAAGAGAAAAAAAAAUGAAUAUGAAACUUAUUCCUGUAAUGAGCGGAUCUAACCUCUGAUCAGAAUUACAGCUUAUGUUUGACACUUAUAUUCAGGUUUUAUUCCCCAGUGGUUGCUGACAUCCUAAGACAUGAGCGGUGUAUCAUUCAUCUUUUCUGUUGUCGAGCUAAAAACUAAAGUUUCUAACCAAGUUCUGAUGUGAAAAGAUGAGCACCUCCAGAAGAAGCUCCUGGGAUAUACUGUAUUUUAGAAAGAUAUGUCGAGUGAAUCCAUCAUGUGAGGUAAUUGUGUUGUGAGGCUGAUAGUUACUACUGCCCUGUACCUCAGAGGGUACAGCGACUUGCCUAAACAGCGAUAACAAUGAAAACUCUUGAAACAAAAGCCUUACUUCACAGAGCAUUUAAUCGUUUUUCAUUAUUUUACAUGUAUGGUAUAUACCUUCUAUGUCUAUGUACAAUGUAACCAAUUAUAUUUUUGUAGCAUUUUGUAUUGAGUGUGCUUCUUUUAAGCUAUGUUUUGUUUUCUGUUUGUAGUUGGCUGCUAUCUUCUGUAAAGUACGUUUGUACGAGUGAACCUUAAAACAAUCCAGGGAUGAAGAGCGGAGGUGUUACGUUUUACCAUUUAACAGAACUAUGCAUUAGACAAUUUGUUUGUAUUUACAUUGGAAUCUAAGCCAUGUCUUUUACUAAUAAAGUCAAUUCAAACAAACA